ACCAGUUGAGCGCAAACCACGCCCCCCUACGCAAAAACCCCACCCGCGGCCAUGACUCACGUCUCUAGGUCGAUUUCAUUGGUCAACUCUUUUACGUCACCUGAGAAGAAGUUUGGACGUCAAUCAAAGUCGUUGAUGGAUCCGUCGCUGACUAACGGUUCGCUCUCAGGAGAGUGCGCAUGUUUUGGCUGUGGUGAAGACCAAGCCGUACAUCUGAAGAACUGGUUGCCUCCUGGGUAUAAAUAUCACUUGUGCACCUAUCGUUUGUGCACUACAGAAGGCGACUCACACCUGGACCACACAAGUUUUGAGGCAUCACUAAGAAUUGCAUUGACAGAAAUUUGUGAAGUAAAGGAAUGGGUGGGAAAGCUUAGUGAAUCAUCACGAGUGAGUUGGAGAGUGGCAGUGACAAAACCAAAUAAGGGACAACGUGUACUUUAUAAGGCUCAUUACAGGUGCCAGCACAAUGUUUAUGUCCGAUCAGACACGGCUAAUCAAAGGCGGCUAUCAAAAAAUACAUGCUGUGAGGCAAAAAUGGUUUGCACUCUGGUGAAGACUACAGAAAAAAGGGGAGGAACUAGUAGGAGCAUUGAUCCCCAUAUACCUACUUACCCAACUUCGGUGCGUUUGUACAAUGUACACAAUCAUAACAUCUUUGUUGCGGAGGCACUGAGGCACAAGGAUGUAGGGGUCAAGGCAAUUGAAACCCUGACACAGUUGUUUGAGGUUGGGCACAGUCCAACCUCAGCUCUGGCUGUACUUAAAAGUGACCUGUUGGCUGAGCAUGGCAACAAAUAUGUAUACGUCUCAGCCAACCGUGCCAUUUGCCCAGACCUUCAGUUUUGCUACAGACUGUAUCAGAAGUUGAAAAAGCAGGAGUUUGGAGAGCAAAGUGGGGAGGGAAUGCUAGCGGCUUUGGAAAGGCAGGUAGAAUCCUACAAUGCAGCCUGUAAUGACACCUGCGCCAAGCUUAAAAUAUCUUCAGCAGGAACACCACUUGUAGCCAUUUGUUCCCCAUUGAUGAAACAAACACACAGUCUCUCAAAUAGUGGAGAAAUGUGUUUUAUGGAUUCAUCUGGUAACAUGGACCGGGAGAACUGCAGGGUGUUUCUCCUCCUCACACACACCUGUGCAGGUGGUCUUCCUCUUGGGAUAGUGAUAACACAGUCAGAAGAUGAGAAGACAAUUAGUGAGGGAUUAGAGCUGCUGAAGUCCUUACUGAAAAAUUAUGCCUUUGGAGGGCGAGGUGAGGCAGGCCCUCGUGUGUUUUUGACAGAUGACUCAAAGGCUGAGAAGGGAGCUAUAGCACAGGUCUUUCCUGAAGCCGCACAACUGCUCUGCAUAUUUCAUCUUCUCCAAGCUGUGUGGAGGUGGUUGUGGAACAAAGAACACGAAGUUGAGAUGAAGGACAGGCAGACAAUGUUCAGCAUAGUAAAAGACAUGCUUUAUGCCAGGGAGAUGAGUACAGUUGAAUUACUCUACCAGCAAGCCCUUGACAACCCUUUGACCACCAGGUAGAGAAAAUAGUAGACUGUUAGAGGUAGCUUAAAUAUUUUAGUAGUACUUCUGAUGCAUUUACCCUC